AUGAACUCGCCCAUCGAACCAGACUCUCCCGCCUCCUCUGCGUCCUCCGACACACAGCCGGGAGAAGAGACCGCCAACAUCCCCAACAUCUCCAUCGGUCCCGCCGUGGGCUCACAGACGCACGCCAUCUUCGCCCGCGCCUCCGCCGCGACCAAGCGCCGUCUCCCGAGCGGCGCUGGGCACUCCACCAGCGCGCGCGACUCGAAGUCCAGGCGGAAAGAGAACCUCGGUGGCUCGAAGAAGCACGCGUUUGUGUCGGACUGGGUUGAGGGCAAGGUGUCCGAGAGCAGGCAGAAGGAGGACUUCAUCGAUGGGCAGCUGUCCGAGGCGUUGAAGAAGACACGCCGUCUCGCCGCCGUCUCGCCUACUCACUUGCGUUGCCCGCUCUCUCGUGCAGUCAUCCAGGACCCGUUCGAUGACGAGUUUAUCAUCGCGGCCAGCUGA